GCUUUUGCGGUAAGGCGAGCUCGGAACGCGCGUUAAGUGAUAAAACGAUUCAUGUGACUUAAUUUUCGAAAAUGGAAUCAAAAUUGAAAACCUUCAAGGAUUCGUUGACAUUGCAAGACUGUGAAAAAACUAAUUUGACGACUCCCUUUUCGAUAAACGAUAUACUUACAAAAGAGAAUGAAGCGAGGUGCGAUUUUGAAAAUGGAAUGUAUUGUCAGGAAGCAGAUUUUGGCGGGAAGAUGAAUUUUUUGGGGAAAACACCAAGUUGCUACAGUAAAGAUGAUGGUUACUCGAAAAAGGAGGUUUCAGAGAAAAGAUUAAAAUAUUAUGAUGAUUGUAAUGGCUACAGGGAUUAUAGUGAUGAUGGUGCUUUGGACAUGUCCAGAAAAAAUAAUUAUGCAGUCACAGAACUAUCAGAUGACUACGACUCUCGUUCAUCCAACACUGGUUCACCAACCCGUCGCAAUUCACCAAGCUCAGAUAUCGGCUACAAACCAUUCAGUCUUCACUACGAACCUCGAAAAUGUUCUACACCACCCCCCUCGACCGAUUCAAGGAUCUCCAACUCACCAAACUUCACCAUAAACGAGUAUACACAAAAUGGCGGCCGCAAAAAACGAUCCAGGGCUGCCUUCUCUCACGCUCAAGUGUACGAAUUGGAAAGAAGAUUCAGCCAACAAAGGUAUCUAUCAGGUCCCGAACGAGCUGACCUGGCCGUAAGCUUAAAACUUACAGAGACGCAAGUCAAGAUAUGGUUCCAGAAUCGCAGAUACAAAACGAAGAGAAAGCAGCUGCAAAUGCAAGAAAAUGGGAUGUUAGCGGCCGCAGCGGCGGCUGCAAACCACGCAAGGAAAGUGGCCGUGAAAGUGCUAGUUAAUAACAACGGACAGCCAACCCUACCUGAUAUUAAGUCUUAUCAAACACCAAUUUUAGGCAAAACAUUAAAUCCAGCAUUAUUCGCCCCGCCUUUACUAGAAGGAUCUCCAAUUUUAAAGCAUUUUGCAGGAGUUUACGGGGUCGAUUUCGCUAAAAACCCAGAAUAUAAGGCCUUGUUACAGGAAUCAUACAAUCAAGCUGUUCUACAAUCUUUGUAUGGACCUCAUCUUGGCGUUAACUACCCCAAUUUACCACUGUCAUAUAUGUACUACCCUGGACAUCCAGCUUUUGGUAUGCCGAUGCCGUGUGAUUUAGAUAGAAGUCACGGAGAUUCUAGAACAGAUGGUGGGAAAGACAUGGGAGAACAUUCAGAUAAAGAAAAGCUGUCCGAGAAAAUUAAAAACACAAUCGAUGUAAAUGAGAAUAGUAAUGAAAGCAUGGCUAGUAACAUUGAAGUAGAAAACUAAAAAGUAAUAAAUAUAGGUACUACAGAUAAAAGUAUGUCUAUUUCAAAUUUAUGAAAUGCAGCAUUAAAUCAAUAUUAGAAAACAUUUCACAGAAAAUAAAAUAACACACAAUAUAAAAGCUUUUAAUAUCGAAUAAAUUGAUUUGCAAUAAAAUUAGUACCUACUUAAUUACAAAUUUAGAAUGUUCUCGAAACAUUAAAGGCGUUUUGUUUUUAAACGAUUGCAAUAAAAACCAAAGAUAUUAAGUUGUAGAGUCAAAAGUAUAAUUUAGUUACAUUUUAGCUAGUAGAAUUGUUACUGUUUAGUUUUUAAUCUGUUGUAAAUAAUGUUUAAGAGGUUGAAUAAAUGUUUUACGUAAGUAGUUAAUGCAAAGUGCACGUUUGUAAAUAGUACAAAAUUGAUGAGACGUUUAAUAAAGGUGCAAUACAGUUU